AUGAACGAACCUGAUAGUAUUUCAUAUUUUGAAAACAAAAUAGACAAACUUAACAGUCAGUUGAACAUUCAAAGUGACAAAAUAUCUGCGUUACAACAGGAGAUCGUAUUAUUGAAACAGUAUAGUGAGUAUCAAAAUUCCAAAAUUGAUAAAGUCACUUCAUUGAUUGGUGAUUUGUUAGAAAAGAAAUCACAAGAUGAUGCUGUUUUAAACUCCAUACAAGCUUUACAAGAAGAUGUUGAUGUGAGUGAUAUUCAGGGCCAGAUGGAUCAAAUGGCACCACAUCAUAGUAUUAAUCCCCAUCAACAGCAACAGCAACAGCAACAACAGCAGCAAAUGUUGCAUAAUCAACAUCGUCAAGUUCAAAGACAACAACAACAACAACAACAACAACAACAACAACAACAGCAGCAACAACAAUCACAGCAACGCAAUCCUCAUAUUCAACAGGAUCUUUCUGGUCAUAUAGAUAGUAAUAUGGAUCCAGCUUUACACCAAGUAGCAGUUGCCACAGCUGCAGUUCAAGCUCAAGCUCAAGCCCAAGCACAGGCGCAAGCACAAGGAAACCACCCACCACCACCACAAACUAACCAACAACAACCUCAACAGCAACUUCAAGCACAAAAACUUCAAGGAUCAUCUCAAUUGCCAAUCCAAACACCACAGAAACCUAAAAAGAAGUCGACUAAGAGAAAGUCAGAAGAAGCUGGGUUUGGAAACCAGUCGGGAUCUUCUACUAAACCCCGUGUGGAAAAGAAAAUUGAAAUUGUGUUCAUCCAUAACCCAACGACAGUCAAGGAAAUUUAUGACGAAUUCUAUCAUGGUUACAAAGGUCAAGAACCUUUAUGUGGCUUGGAUUCAAAGUAUGGUAAACAUGAAUGGAGAGGAGAUUCCAGAUCGAAGGAAUCAAAGAGGUACCAAAGAAGAAAGAAAUUAUGUGAUGCAAUUCAAAGAGGAAUAUUAAAAUAUGGUAAGACAGCUGAUGAGGUAAUUGAAUACCUUGAAGACUACCGUAAAGAAAAGUCCUUGACCUGGUUGAUGAAUGGUAAUUUACCAGACGAUUUAGAUUCCUAA